AUGUUCACAAAGAUAAUUGAAUACGAAAACAGGAUACGUGCAUAUUCGACACCAGAUAAAAUAUUUAGAUACUUUGCCACAUUAAGGGUUUAUAACGAACAUGGUUACUCUGAAAUAUUUAUGACUCCUGAAGAUUUCCUGCGAUCAUUAACUCCUGGUGUAAAACAACCCGAAGGUCUGGGACUUGAUCAAUUUAAAAGAAUCGAUAUCAAAAGUGAUACGCCAAGUCGCAGAUUUACUUCAGAAACCGGACAUUAUUCAGAGACUUCAAAAACACAUUCUCUAGUACAGAAUGAAGACAGCAUAUUCUACAAACUGGGAACAGCGGGACUUAUUGGUUUUUCCGAAUAUAUAUUUUUAUUAACCAUACUUUCAGCUUCCAAGCGUCAUUUUGAAAUUGCUUUCAGGAUGUUUGAUCUCAAUGGCGAUGGGAACGUGGAUUAUGAGGAAUUUGAAAAGGUACAGAGAAUCAUCCGUAAUCAAACUAGUGUCGGAAUGAGGCACAGAGAUCAUGCAAAUACCGGAAAUAUAUACAAAGGUUUCAGCAGUGCUCUGGCGACUUACUUUUUUGGUGUCAACCUGGACGAAAAACUUACGAUCGAAAAUUUCUUACUGUUUCAAGAGCAGUUGCAGAAGGAAAUUUUAACGUUAGAGUUUCGAAGAAAAGAACCAAAUGAAGAGGGUAAGAUCCGAGAGAUAGACUUCGCAGAUCUGUUGCUGACUUAUGCCGGAAUGCCAGAAAAAAGAAAAUUAAAAAUGCUGAAAAGGGUGAAAAAAGCAUUCAAACAAAGCACGAAGGGCAUCUCCCUGGACGAUUACCUUCGAUUCUUUCAUUUCUUGAACAACAUUGCAGACGUAGACACUGCACUCACUUUCUAUCACAUUGCCGGUGCUUCGAUAGAUGAAGCUACUCUAAAACACGUAGCAAAAACAGUUGCCCACGUGGAUCUUCGGGAUCAUGUCAUCGAUGUCGUCUUCAGUCUAUUUGAUGAAAAUAUGGAUGGACAACUUAGUAACAAAGAAUUUGUGGCAGUCAUGAAAGAACAGUUGCAGAGAGGACUCGAAAAACCCAAGGACACGGGUUUCGUCAAACUCAUGGAUUCCAUCUGGAAAUGCGCUCGACUGAAAAAACCCGUUUUAUUAGAUGUUUAGUAAUAAAAUCAGUUGGGGAUAUUACUUUAUUACAAAAUAUUUCUAAUACAACAAUUUUUUCCAAAAUUUUUUAGUCGAUGGUUUACAACUAGACAUUUACGUGACUAAGUACUGUUUUUUCCAUUAACAAUACAAAUGAAGACUUUUGAAGUAACGACUGCCCACCUCGAUACCACACUUUUGUUUUCAAAUAAACUUUCCAAUAUUCUGAAUAACUAAAAAGUUUGACUGCAUUUUUUAAAAUUAUAAUAGUAAUCCGAAUCAAUAAAUAAUAAUUAACACGUUAGUCUCACACUAAUACAUUUCAAUCUCAAAUUAGUCUAUAAUUAUUAGUUAAUAUAUUGAAUUCUGAAGUAAAAUGUAUGUAAAAUUGUUUUGAAUAAAAUUUGUUA